CUGCUUUGAGCAAUUUCCGAAGUAGCAACAAAAACGUUAAAGUCUCAAAUUGCUUUCAGCAACUUUGGGGUUGCUAUGUAGAAACAAGCGAUGAAACAGUGGGGAUGCAAAUUGAUUUAUGAUCGUUUGCAUCCAGAGCGUUAUUUGGCAUAAUUCAUAAGAUGGAAUCGAAGGCACGAAAGCAAAGGAAAUCGGGUUUUACACGUGUGAAAUAGGGCUGGGGUGAGAAGAGGGUGCGAAGGUAUGUGUUGCAUGCGAACUUGUUGAUGAUGGUUCAGCUGUUUUGUAGAUGCAAAUUAUACUUGUUUAAUUGUUUUGAAGUGCAGUGAACUAUGUUGCUUCAAGAGGAAUCAAUUUCUAUAAGCGCAGAUGAAGGUGAAUCCUCAAACGGCGCCUCUGUUCUUGCAUAAGAGUACUUCAGGUCGAGGACGACCUAUAAGUAGGUGGCCAAGCCCUGUGAAAUUAGAGGUGGUGUGCGAAGGUGUGUGACAUACGAACUUGUUGACGAUGGUUCAAGUGUUUCGCAGUGGGAAGUAUAUUUGUGUUAUAAGCGAAUUCUGGCGUGUUUUCAGCAUUAAUCAGCACUUCUCAGACGAUCAUCUUUGAUUUGUGGGUCAUUUGCGACAAGUAUCCAAGAAUGAAAUUUUCCAUCAUAGGGGAUCGGAAGGCAUGGGAGUUUUUGAUCCAGUGUGAGUCAGAUUUCCAGGCGUGUUAGAGUUAAAUUUGCGUCUGUCUGUGCGUAACGAAAACGCUAGUGGAAAUGCUCUAAUGGGAGAGCACAGUUUGAGGUGUCAUGCUGAAACACUUUGGGAAACUGAAUUCCCUGUCGCUGAAGAUGUUGCGACAGUAUCAGACUCUCUGGCUCGUGGCGACAGCCCUUACCUCCCUGGUGCUGCCAUCUCUUGCUGGCAGCAAGAAGCAACACGAAUCAUCAAGGGAGGUCAUUGUCAGCGUAGAUCCAGUCUGGAACAUCCGCCAUGUCCUUCCUCCUCUGGAUCUCCAGAACAACUCAGUCACCGACGUCAAAGUAAACGUCGGCGAUGUGGCCUAUUUACCUUGUAGAUUUCCCAGGGUUUCUUCCAUGCAUCUAGUCGAGGUAUCCUGGAUAAGACGGUCUGACUGGCACAUCCUGACGACCGGGACUUACUCCUACACAUCUGACGUGAGAUUCAACGUCCUGCAUAAGGAAGGGUCCGAUGACUGGACUUUGCAGUUGAAAUACGUAGACACCAGGGACAAUGGGACGUACGAAUGCCAGUCGUCCACGGGUACGGGUGUCAUGUCCAAGUACGUGAACCUGCACGUGAGCAAACCCAGAGCAACAAUACACGGGCCGACGGAACUUCACGUGCAAGAAGGCGAGACUGUCUCGCUCAUUUGUGUCAUACAACAGAGUAAACCACCAUUCGUAUUUUGGUAUCACGGCAUCAUUUUGGUCAACAACGAGGACGAGAGGAGCCGAUUCGACGUCGAUACAAUGGUUGAAAAAGGAAAGACAACGUCGAGUCUCACAAUUAAGGAAGCAAGGUACGACGACUCAGGGAAUUACUCCUGCCUCCCACCGCACGUGGAUCCUGCUUCUGUUAUGGUCUAUGUCACGAAAGGUGACGAAGCGGCAGCCGUCCAUAGACGCGGAGCUUCCUCGGGGAUUUCCGUGAAACCGUCCUCAGCAUCUUUCAUCCUCGCUAUAUUUGUCAUCUUCAAGAUCUCCAUUCCAAGAAUCCUCUCUGACAGAUGAUAUGCUUUGAGUGAUUACGAAAUGUCUUCUUUAUUUCCUUUUAUUUUUGUCUCAAAGCAUCGUCUAUUCCUCCUUUCACAAAAUGUAUUUUCUAAAGGGCUCUAAGCUCGUUCUCUGUUCGUCCUGUUCGUCUCCCUUUUUUACAACGCAUCUUCCUUUGGUUCUUUUGGCGAAUGCAGGAGGAUUCCGAGAAAAACAUUGAUUUAUAUCUGCUGACAUUUAGGAAUGAACUUGUUAAUUAAAAGUAUUUUUCUCCUUCUUUUUCUUCUUCUUCUUCUUCUUCAAUUUCAUCAAUUGACAAUAAGGGCAUACACACACACACUUCCAUUCGACUCUUUCUUUUGCUUAUUGACGGCGGGCAAUCUGAUCGAGUUCUGAAUAAAUCAGUGAGGACGGUGAAAUGUCUUGCAGGAGAUAGGUGACAUAUGUUUUCCGUCUGUUUAUGUCAUUAAUUUAAAUAUUCUCAGCCGUGUUAAUGCCAUACGAAAGCAUUUUAAGAAAAAAUUCUGGAACUAUGAGAAAUGAAGGAAGACGUUAAGAAUAGUGGAGUCUGAGAUUCACACUUUGUAAUUCCUCAAACGAGUACCGAAAAGCCCAGCGGUACACUAAUUACAGUCAUAUUAGAGGGGCGUAUACCAUUGCAGACUCAAGAAACAGUGCUUGAAAUGUGCAUUCCUACCUGUUCCCAAAGUUUAUACUUAUAAUAUCCUCCCAAUAGGCUGGCAAGGCGGAUUAACUUUCUCGAACUACAAAUGCUACCUUACACUUAGAAAAUAUUUCCCCACGUGUACACUUUUUUUCUGUUGAACAUUGCUGUCAUCUUAUAAUUAUGUGCAGAUUCAUAAAUAUCCCUACUCCAAAGCACACUUACUCACGCACACAUAUGCGCAGACACA